AAGACGACCUCAGCAGCAUGAGGGGAGAGGAGGCGGUGGUGGUGACCGCGGUGGCGGCGCCCGAGGCGGGCCGCGACGGGGAGCAGCUUCGGCAGCCCGCAGGGCUCGGGUGCGGGGCGUGCGGGGAGCCCGGCGGCGGCGGCACCCAGGAGUCCCGCAACCAGUGGAAGAAAUUUCUGUAUUGUGAGCCACACAGGAGAAUUAAGGAAGUACUGGAAGAAGAACUUUAUGUUAAGAGAGAUGAGUGCCACGUUAAAAAUCCACCUGCAGUGGCCCUUGAGGGGAUUUGGAGCAUUAAAAGGAAUCUCCCUGUGGGAGGCUUGAAGCCAGGACUGCCAAGCAGAAACAGUUUACUGCCACAAGCCAAGUACUAUUCAAGGCACGGAGGAAUGAGAAGAUAAAAUGAACAAAUUUUUCCAUGGAGAAGAAACCUCUUUCUCCUGAUGUCUGAAAAACAGAGAAGAAACCCAGGCUUGUUUCACAGUUUAAGACAUGUAAAAAAAAUGUGUAUUAGUCUGUAAUUCCUAUUAUUGGUAUUAAUUGCUAUCUAUAAAUUAGUGCAAAGUAAUGAAAUAUUAUUGAUAAAGUUUGCUAAGCACCUGAAAACAAUGAAGAAAAAUAUUAUAUUUUUAGUUGUCUGAGUUGGAAUACAUUGGGAUUCUAAUUCAGCUUAUUUUAUUAAAUAUGUGAAACAUGAU